GAAUGUUGAUAUAUGUUCUAAAGGUAAUCCUGGUGAAGCUAGAGGAAGCAUUCUCAGGGACUGGAAACAAGAAUUGGUAGUAACAUUUUCUGGGUGUUAUGGGAUUUUCUCUAACAAUGUUUUGAGAAGGAUUUUCUGUAACAAUGUUACAGACUAGAGUCAUAUUGUUAGUCUUAUGUUGGUGAAUUCAUAAUCACUAUAGCUAUGUUAACAUAGAAACUUAUAGGGCAACUGAAGAGUAUUAUCCAUUAUAUUAGAAGCCUGAUGACUCAAUGAUAAUUUGUUAUAGGCCACUGUUUUAGGAGGCUAAUAUGGUAGCAAAUAAGCUGGAUAACUUGGGUGUUCAUAACAAGUCGAAUACGUUUCUCUAAUGGAACAGUUUCUUGCAAAUCCACCAGUUCUAGUGCCAGUGGCAUCUCCAUUUUCAGAGAUAUCUCCAGAUAUUGCACCUCUUUUGCCUUCUUCUGGUGGUGUUGUACCUCCAGUUUCUUCUGUGCCAAUUAUUCCUUCAAAUCCUAGCAAAAAUCCAGAUGAUAUGAUGUACCCUAUUGGCCCUGAUUCUGCUGCUCUUGCACCUUCUGCUUUUUCACCCAUUUCUUCUGUUGUUUGUUGUGUUUCUCUUACAACCUAUCUGUAUAUUGCAGUGUUUCUAAGGAAGGCUUUUAAAUCAUUUUUGUUACUGCAACUUCUGAGUGAAUGUCACUAUGUUGGGUUCGUUAUUUCUGUAUUUGAAGUAAGUUCUCCUGUUGCUGUGUUGGGGCUGAAUAUUUGCUGUAUUUCGGGGCUAAAAGGUGCCAUCUUUUGUGUCAAUUUGCUGUUUCCAUUUGGUUUGUAA